AUGCCGAUGUCUUUCCGGAAACAAUUCCUGCUGAGAUCACAGCUGAUCGUGGAUCAUCGCAUUGAUGAAUUCUUUGAGGGACGCCGUCAAGCAGGCCAUGUUCGGGACAGUGUCUCUCCACAUUCGAAACAUACUUUCUGUGUGAAGAAAGCCACCGGCGGUUGGCGCAUUGCACAUGCUUUUAACAAGCUUAAUGAAGCCACGAUCCCGGCUCAAACGCCAAUUCCGCGCAAAGUUAUGGUAUUGGAUACUAUGUCCGGUUUUGUGCCUCAAGGCCAUACGAACGCUCCAGAAACGUUCAAGCGGAUGGUGACACAACUACUCCGCCCGCUUCACGAUUUUGCACCAAGCUACUUCGACAACAUCUUUGUACACAGACGAGCUGAGCAACAACUUAGCGCCACGGAGGUUCACAUUCGGCACUUGAAACAGGUGUUUCAAGUGAUGCGUGAGAUCAAAUUAUAUGCCAAAUUGGAGAAGCGUGUUUUCUGUGAUCCCGAGAUUCCAGUACUCGGUUGUUAUGUCAGCGAGGAAGGUGUCCGCGCUGACAUCUAG